AUGGACGAUAACCUGACGGGCGCAAAGGUGAUCGCGCAGGCGCUGCACGACCUGGGCGUCGCCGUCAUCCACACGCUGGUCGGGAUCCCCGUGGCCGAGAUCGCCGAGGAGGCCAUCGACCUGGGCAUCCGCGUCGUCGGCUACCGCAACGAACAGGCCUGCAGCUACGCCGCGUCGGCCUACGGCUAUCUCACUGGCAAGCCCGCCGUGUGUCUGUUGACGGGCGGGCCGGGCAUUCUGCACGGCCUGGCUGGGAUUGGCAACGCCUCAGCCAAUGCAUUCCCGCUCCUCGUUCUCGGAGGCUCGUCCGAGUCCAGCCUCGCCACGAAAGGGGGCUUUCAAGAAAUGGACGCCAUCUCCCUCUUGACGCCGCACACCAAGAGAGCCAUCCGCCCGACGUCGCGAGACCCUUCGACCAUCGUAGCGGCCAUCCGCAACGCAUAUCGAACCGCCUGGUACGGUCGACCGGGCCCUACCUUCGUCGACCUACCCACUGAACUGAUCAUGGAGCCAGUCCCCGCGAAGAGAUCGACAUCCCACCCGCCAAUUUCUGUGCUAUCGCCGCCUAAACCGUCGGCAGAUCCAGCCCUUAUUGUCUCCGCGGCGAACCUGCUCAAGUUCGCUUCCGCUCCGCUCGUGAUUGUGGGUAAAGGCGCAGCAUCCGCCCGCGCCGAGGGCUCCAUCAGAGGCCUUGUCUCGGCCCACAACAUACCGUUCCUCCCGACGCCCAUGGGCAAGGGCAUCGUCCCGGACUCUCACCCCCUGAACACCUCGUCCGCCCGCUCUGCAGCGCUCAAGCACGCAGACGUGAUCCUCCUCCUGGGCGCGCGGUUGAACUGGAUCCUCCACUUCGGAGAGGCGCCCAAAUACCGCCCGGACGUCAAGAUCAUCCAGGUCGACAUCUCACCUGAGGAGCUGGGCCGGGCGAACAGUCUCGGUCAGCCGUCGCUCAGUAUCUUCGGGGACAUUGCCUUCGUCGUCGAUCAGCUCCGCCGGGAGCUCGGUCAGGAGUGGAAAGCAUUUCCGACCAAUACCUUCCGCUUCUCCUCGUCGCCGGCGUCACCACGGCCGUCAUCGUACCUCUCUCUCCUCGCGGCAAGCGCCGCGAAAAACGAAGAGAAAUCCGCUCGUCUGGCAACGACGUCCACGAAGCCCAAUGCGCUCCUAACAUAUGAGCGCGCCUACCACAUCAUCAAAUCCCAGCUCCACGCCCUCUCUCCCCCCGAAAACGGGCGGGUAGUCUAUGUCUCCGAGGGAGCCAAUACAAUGGACAUCUCGCGCAGCAUGUUUCCCCUCGAGUUCCCACGCCAGCGCCUCGACGCUGGGACGUACGCGACCAUGGGCGUUGGGAUGGGGUACGCGAUCGCCGCGUGGGCCGCGUACAACAUCCCGCGGAGGGGGACGAAGAAGAUCGUCGCGCUCGAGGGGGAUUCCGCGUUCGGGUUUUCGGGUAUGGAGAUCGAGACGAUGGCCCGACACAAGAUGGACGUGCUCAUCAUCGUGAUGAACAAUAGCGGGAUAUACAAGGGCGACGCAGCGGAGGAGAACCGUUGGAGAGAGAUGCAAGCGCAGACCGCGAGGGAUGACACAAAGAUUACUGCCACAACAAGGGCCCCGACGAUGGGGAAAGGGAAAGGGAAAGACGAGGAGGAUCGAAAAGAAUCGCGCCGGCGAGGACUGCGGAGUACCUCCCUCUUGUACGAGACGCGCUAUGAGUUCCUCGCCGACAUGGUCGGUGGGAGAGGCUGGCUUGUGCGCACGGAAGAUGAGUUGGCCGAGGCGACGAGGCUGGCGUUCAUCGAGCCCGAGAAGGUCUGUGUGCUGAACGUCAUCAUCGAUCCCGGCCUGAACAGCGCAGCGAGCUUCGGGUGGAUGGAAACCAAAGAGAAGCAUGGCAGCGGAGGGGGAGGAGGCGAGAGUAAAUUGUGA